AGCUAGCCCCGGCUUUGGCCCACUCUUAAGCCACUUUAGGACAUCACCUCCAAAGCUUCCGACGUUUCCCCUCAGAGGCCUUGAGGUUGCCAGGAACCAUCUCAUAUCGUGACACCAGAGCGGGCCUCAUUAUGGUGUCGGAAGACGAUGGCACCAAUCCCCGCAAGAAGCGGAAGAUCACUCCGCCGAAAGCCCUACCUUAUAUGUUACGACCUCUUUUCGAUCAAGUACCUCUAACGGCUGACGACCCCAAUGAUGAUGUCCAUAUCACCUGCGUUGAAUACUGGAAUGACAACCUCUAUAUCGGAACCUCCGCUGCUGAAAUCUUACAUUUUGUCUGCCUUCCGCCCGAUCCAUCGGACGACACCAACGAGCCGUCCUUCAUUUUAGCCUCGAGAUUACCUAUUCCGUUUUCCAAGACCGCUUCAGUAACGAACAGGCAGCAAGGCAUCCAGCAAAUUGUUCUCCUUCCAUCUGUGAACAAAGCCUGUAUUCUCUGCAAUGGAACGGCUACGUUUUACUUGUUACCAGAGCUCAGUCCAGCAUUCCGCGAGAAUACGAAGGUUAACAACUGUUGUUGGAUCGGGGGUCUUGACCAGAAUGCAUCCAUGGACGAGCCGGAGAGACCGGUUGUAAUGAUUGCAACGCAGAACAAAAUGAUGCUCGUGCGGAUUGGUGACGAUGCUCGACUGGUGCGAAACAUUGAGUUUCCGGGAUGUUUAACAGCAUCACGAAGAGGCAUAAUCGCUUGUGCUGCAGAUGCUCGCUCAUACUCCCUGCUAGAUGUGGAACACCAGCAAAAGAUACCUCUCUUUCCAAUGUCCUUCUUCGAUGAAGCAUUGGCGUCUGGUCAAGUGGAAGACAUGCCACCCGCCUCGUUGUCACCUAGCUCUUCUGCGGAGGGUCAUGCACAUGGUAGAAGCUCCAGUUUGAAUACACUCGCCGGGAUGCUUCAGUCGAAUGCACGAUCAGCUUCACAAGAUCGUUCGAGCUCUGUAACACCCGAGCUCUCCUCCACUUCCGGGACACCCACCCGUUCACGCUCGAAGGAACGAGGCGAUAGUAUUUCGCCAAGGGUAUCAUCGGAGCAUCCAUCGCGCGAUUCGCAAUCUAGUCCUCGUGAGGAUCCAAAACCGCUUCCGCCAUUGCCAAAGAAACCGUCGACACAAUUAAAGCCACAUAUUCUUUCUCCGACUUCAUCUGAGUUUUUGCUGGUCAGGGGCACCGAUACGGCGGAACCAGGAGUUGGAAUGUUUGUCAACGUGGACGGUGAUGUGGUCCGCGGAACAAUCACGUUUCACAAGUACCCGGAGUCGGUUGUCAUUGACAAAGGCAACGAAAAUAACCUUAUUGGAGCACCCAACGACACCCGCGAGGAUCUCAUUCUUGCUGUCAUAGAGGCCGACCAAGACGGAAAGUUACGCAAGUUCUUGGAGGUGCAACUUUGGGAUGUCGACCCCGGAAAUGCGGACAACCACAAAAGCUGGGUAGAGAUACCUUCCGUGCAAGAUACGCUGCCAUCUCACGUUGGACUUCUCCAUACACUCUCCCCCAGCCAGCUCGAAGUAAGCGAAAUGAGAGGCUUGCUGCAGAUGGUCCGAUUGAGAACACCAUCACUAUCACCACAUAUCCCUGCAACCGACCCGAGGACACAGGCAUCGAUAGAGCAGCUACAGAAAGAAAAAGAACUGUUCGAAUCUCAGGAAGCAAUAGACACCGAAGGAACGAAGAAAGACACCCCCGACUGGGAAGCUGAGCGAAAUACCGACGAGGCUAAGUUCGCGCGUGGAUUGGGCAAAACCCAAAGCAGCCUUGUUUUGUGGAGUGGUAAUCAGAUAUGGCGGGUCGUGAAGAACCCUUUGACCACGCAAUUGAACGAUGCACUUCAAAGUGCCCGAGAAUCGCAGGGGGACGGCCACAGUGUCGUAAGACGUGAUGCGAUUAUGGACAUUAUCAAAAUGGUACAAGAAGCAGAGCCCAAGUCGGAGGCUGAGUUCCUGGGCUUGAACUACGUGAAGCAAAAAUCCAGUUUACUCCUCUUCGGCGACUUGGUCUUCAUGGACCCGGCUGUCAGGGAUGGAGCGACAAUCGAUGCCACAGAGAAAGCACUCAUUACCGGGGAGCUGGACCCCCGAGUAGCCUUGUUGUUGGUCCCCCUUUUGCGCCAAGAAGUUUUGCAAGGACCGCAGGGCAUCUGGAUUCAUGGGGGUCUGGCAGAGGUUGCAGAGGCGUACCUUAAGCGCCUGGAUAGUGUGAAAGCUUCUAAAGAACCGGACGUCUUUGAUAGCGGAAUCUUGAAUAUGAUCAAGCGAUUCUUACUUGCCUGGCAGCAAAAACGAGGAUAUGGCAGCAUUACUGACGACGCUUACAUAUUCGAUAGCGUUGAUGCAGCCCUCCUGCAUCUGCUGCUGGAACAAGAUUCGAAUGUACCUACGGAACACCGCCUUUCUUCACGAACACGUACGGAAUUAAAUAGACUAGUGGAUAAUUGGAAGGGUAACUUUGACCGGGCAGUAGCGCUUCUAGAAAACUACAAGCGACUAUUUCUCCUGAGUCGCUUGUACCAGAGCCAGAAGAUGUCCCGUAACGUCCUCAAGACGUGGCGGCGGAUCAUUGAAGGGGAGGAAGAUUCCGGGGGUGAGACCACCGCCUCCGGCGUUGAGGCACAGAUGCGCAGGUAUUUGGUCAAGAUCAAAGAUGCACAGCUUGUUGAGGAAUAUGGUGCUUGGUUGGCCCAGCGAAACCCCAGUCUUGGUAUACAAGUCUUUGCGGACAACACCAGCAGAGUUAAAUUAGACCCUGUAGAUGUUGUCCGCUUGCUCAAGGAACGAGCGCCCAACGCGGUUCAAGAUUACUUGGAGCACCUGGUCUUCUCAAAGAAUUAUACCCAAUACGCAGAUGACCUCCUUUCAUAUUAUCUUGAUACUGUGCUCUCUGUUCUUGAGACCUCUCCUGCUGCUCGGUCAUCGCUUGCGGAAUCAUAUUCGACUUACCGUGCAUUGCAGCCGCCAAAACCGACGUAUAUGAACUUUAUCCACGAAAACACGCCCUCUGAACCUUGGUGGCAAUCGCGACUUCGGCUUCUCCAGUUGCUUGGCGGAGGCGGUAGUAGUCAAUUCUCGUCGGUCCCGUCCCCUAAAUUAACGUAUUCCAUUCCUGCUGUUCUCGCACGGAUUGAGCCAUUCCAAAACGAACUCGUAUCGGAGUCUAUUAUUCUUGAUGGGCUCCAGGGCCGUCAUCGGGAAGCCCUGCAUCUUCUUACACAUGGCCUCGGCGACUACGACUCUGCAGUUCGAUACUGCCUAUUCGGCGGUCCUCGGAGUACCAGCUCGACCAGCACUUCGGCAGAGUUUGCUGACCGGUCACACCAAAGUGAGCUGUUCGGGCACUUACUCGAUGAGUUUCUACAUAUCCAGGACCCCUCGGAAUGCAUCGAACGAACUAGUGACCUCUUGGCACGAUUUGCGUCCUGGUUCGAUGUGGGCGAGGUCCUCCGUCUUGUCCCAGAUAACUGGAGCGUUGAUAUCCUGGGCGGUUUUCUUGCGCAUGUCUUCCGAGUCCUCAUCUCAGAGACCCGUGAAACCCGGAUUGAACGAGCGCUCAGUGCAAGCUUGAACUUACGAGUUGGCACGGAGUAUAUCGAGGGGGUGGAGAAGGUCGGCGGCUGGCUGGAGGACGCCGAGGGGCUGCGGUGCUUAAAAGAGGCCAAUACCCCCGCGGUUCUGCCCGCUGACGAUGGGGAUGAUUUCGGAGAUAUGGUUGAACCUCGUGGCGGCGAUUGAUACCAUGUUCUAUUGAUAGUGUACAUAACGACAUAAAUGAC